CGUGUGUGCAUCGAAGUGUUAAGCUCAAAACAUUUUUAACUGAAAAUAAAACCUGUCAUCAAUCAGCCAUGAUCAGGCUCCUGACUCUAGCCAUGCUAGCCAUGCUGGCAGCUACAGUGUCAGCACGAAUGGCUUACGAACUGUCAGCUGGAUACGACACGGUGCUGUCAGCACCACUGCAAACAACCUUCUCGUGUGAUGACCUGCCGUAUGGAUACUAUGCUGACACUGAUAACAACUGCGAGGUUUUCCACGUGUGCUUGCCAAUCGCAGACGAGAUCGGGGCGCUGGUGGAGACCGCUCACUUCAGUUUCAUAUGCGGCAACGAGACAGUCUUCAGCCAAGAUUCUCUUACCUGCACUUACAGAGACGAAGCAUUCCCAUGCGAUCAGGCCAGAACGCUUUAUGAUCUCUCCAACGCUGAGUUCGGCCGCAUCCCUGAGAAAAAAUAAAAUUUGGUUAACGACAUAUGAGCAUUGCUAAAACAAAGUUCACUCCAGAUAAUUGAUUUUUUUCAAUUCAUUGGCAAUUCAUUAUUAGUCAAUAAAAUUCCCAUGCGAUCAGGCUAGAACGCUGUAUGAUCUCUCCAACGCUGAGUUUGGCCGCAUCCCCGAGAAAAAAAAAUUUGG